AUGCCCGAGAACUGGUCGCCCGUCGAGGAAACCACGCUAAAGUACACGAACGGGGACGUGUACAAGGGCGAGGCGGUGGACAAUCGAAUACGUCACGGGAAGGGAAUGCACCAGUGCUCGAACGGCGAUUACUACGACGGCGCCUGGAAAGACGACAAGCGUCACGGUAAGGGGAAGCUUACGUACGUCAGCGGCUUAUCAUACGACGGCGAGUGGAUCGACGACAAGGCGAAUGGGCACGGCGUGUGCGUCUACGUCGACGGAGGCAAGUACACGGGAGAGUGGAAAGCCGACCUCAAGCACGGCUGGGGUACGUUUCGCUACGCGACCGGGGACGUGUACGAAGGCGAGUGGGUAGACAACUUUCUGAACGGGUCUCGCGUCAAAGGCAAGCUCGUGUCCGGGGACGAGGGCGUGGAAUACGAUGGGGAAUGGAAAGACGACGCGCGACACGGGAAAGGGACAUUUCAUUUACCCGGCGUGUACAAAUACACUGGGGACUGGAAGGAGGACGAACGACACGGCGUCGGGAAAUGCGUGUACGCUGACGGCGCAACGUACGACGGCGAGUGGAAGAGCGACGAGAAACACGGGAAAGGCAAGCACAAGAGCAACGAGGGAGUUUACGACGGGGAAUGGAAGCAGAACAUGAAACACGGAACGGGGACGAUGGUUUUUUCAGCGAGCGGAGGGAAAUACGUCGGCGAGUGGAAGGAAGGGAAGGAAGACGGAAAUGGGAAACGUCUGUACCCGGAUGGAACCGUUUACGAAGGGAACUGGCAAGACGGUAAGCGGCACGGGAAGGGAAAUUGCGCCUUCGCGUGCAAGGACGUGUACAAAGGCGAGUGGGUGCGCGAUAUGCGACACGGCUACGGCGUGUGCACGUACGCAGACGGCUCGAAAUAUCGCGGCGAGUGGGAAGAAGAC